AUGAGCCGGCGCUUCUUCGCGGGUUCCUUGAAGGACUUGAACUCCACGGGGAGAGCGUAUCGUCUCUCGCUCUCUCGCUCUCACGACCAUCAAUCAUCAACUAUGCGGCUUAUCUUCCAGAAGAAGAGCAUCAUGCGUGUCGACCUCGUUGACGCUAAGACGAAGAGGCCUGUCUAUGCUCUCCAAACCCAUGACGCCGCGUUCGGCACAAAAGCUCUGUUGUCGCAACGCUCUCAGAAUAACGAUGGAGACGAAGCAGACGAUGAAAUUGGAGAGACAACCUUUCGCGAUAUUGCAUCUGAUAAGAUCUCCGUCGGCGAGAUCAAACAUUCAGCGAAAAAGUGGCUGCAGCAUGACGGAUCCAAAUGGUCGUUUAUUGCCUCAAGUGGCGCACAUUACGUGUGGUCGCAAGCUGGGGAGGACUACAUUUUGCAGGGACCAGGUGAUACAUCAGAGGUUGCCCGGCUUCACACAGACGGCACCGAUCCAGCCAAAGCAUACUUCGACAUAGAUGUCCCCAAACAGGAUCAGAACGAGGUGCUCAUGAGUUGCAUCUACAUCCGUUUGCGCGAGGUGAAGAAGACCGAAUCGGCGGGCGGGACUACAUUGAUCAACCCCAUCUCUAUCACAGGAUCGCACGCAGGAUUCCGAGUCUCUACGGCGUCAACAACCAACACCAAGCGAGGCACAACCGCAUGA